AUGGACAACCUUGAAAACAUGUGGAACAAACUCUCGCUUUUGGACUCAGAAGAAGAUGGGAUUCAAUGCACUGUUGACUCUUUAGCGCCUCGUCUCCUACUUGCUGCAAAAUUUCUAACGAAGAGGUUGACAAACAUUGAAGCUGUUGCUCGCACUUUCAAACCCCUAUGGAGAACACAGAGGGAUUUUAAGAUGAAGGAUAUGAGGGAAAAUGUGAUGGUUUUCGAGUUUGAGGAUGAAUGCGACCUUGAACGAGUCCUGGAACACGAACCUUGGACAUAUGACAAGCACCUGGUGAUUUUUGAAAGGGUAAUAGAGAAUGUUCCCAUCUCAGCCUUAUCUUUCAAGCUCAUUACUUUUUGGAUCCAGAUCCAUGACCUUCCAAUGCACAGCAUGACUUCAACAAUCCGUGACUCCAUUGGAAACUCACUUGGGAUGGUUCUUCCAAUGACGGACUCUGAAGAGGAAGGUGGGAAAGGUAAUUACCUAAGGGUGCGAGUACGCCUGGACAUAUCAAAACCACUUAGUCGGGUGCGAAAAAUUUGGUCUGAUGGUAGAGUGGUUGGAUGGGCUGCACUGAAGUAUGAAAGACUACCAAACUUCUAUUAUUGGUGUGGUCUAGUGACUCACGACGAACGGGACUGUGAAAUGUGGCUUCGCAGUAAGCGAACUCUAAAAAAGGAAGACCAACAGUUCAGUGCGUGGAUGAGAGCAGAAGCCGACUUGUCGUAUCGGAAAACAUCUUUGAUCGUCAAUGGUUCAUGUCCAAAAAAGGCUGCUCCACCCAAAGGGAAACACACUCGGGCUCCUUCACAGGCAACUGAAUCAUCUGGGGCUCAAUCCAACACUGUAGGAACGACGACGGCGGCAAUACCAUUUCCGGUGGCGGCAGAAGCUGAAACGGAAGGCGGUGAAGGUAACGUUCAAAACCCGGAUUUUCAGCAACCAUUAAAGCCUAUUGAUGAUGAGGCCCGUUACAACUCUUCCCAUCCGUUGGCCAUUGAUUUCACCUUCCAUAUUGGGACAGCCACUUUCAAUGCUAAUAACACACCCAAACCGAGCAGCCAUGCAAAACAAACCAUAGGUCAGCCAAAGCCCAAUACAAAAGCCCGAAACAAAACACCCACUCACCCCACACAUGGGCCAACUUUAGACACCAUCCCAGCAAGCCUUUCCGCCCCAACAGUCAAACGUGAAACCCCUAGCAGUGACCCAAAAGGCCCACAAGCAACAUGGAAAAGAUUAAUUCGUAACCCAGAACUAGGUAACCAAGAGGUGUGCAUGACAGACUCUGCCUCUCGCAGAGAACACUUUGAAACAGAGGAACUGCGACCAACAAAAAGACAAGCCUUGGUUGCCGACGAUGACUACCCUCUUCCUGCAACGGUGGUGGCUGUUGAUCAGCCCCGCCGAACCCAAUGA